UUUUUCCGGUCACUGGAUACACAACCCCGAGGCGCCAUUUUCCGCUGCCGCCGCUAAUGCCUUAAGCGGGCGGCGGAGUCACGUGAAAUAUAUACAGUGCAAAUGGUAAGAAAAAUUUGCUGGCACUGUUUGGGAAUAUCUUCUUCAGCCUGCGGGCUUCCGACGGAAGUUUUUUCCUUCCUAACCUAUCUUCUUCCGCCUGCAAACUCUGCACCCUUGCUUCUCGGCUGUCUUGUCCCAAUGCCAGCAAAUGAUUCGAAGAGUGUGAUUCUUGGCUCCCGAUGAUUCCUGGUUCAUUUGGAAAGACGGCGCGGUUUCUGGGAUCUGCUUGAGGAUUUGCUUUGCAAACGCGGUCUUGGUUUAUGGUAAGUUUUUUUUCGUCGCGAUAUCUGCCUUUUUGCCCUCGCACAGGAAAUAUUCCUAUUUCCCGUUUCCCCUUUUCAUGAUG